AUGAGUGAGACAACGACGCUGCAGGAUACUGCCACCGCAGACAGUGGCAAAUGGGGCCAAUACUACGAUCCUGUCCUGGCACAGUCCCCAGUUAUACAAAAGAUCAUCGCCGAGAGUUGCUCCAUGAAUGGAGGGACCGCAGCGGUGCUCCUUCAGAUUGCCAGCAGAGGCGUCGGUCUGGGCGUCGCUGCGCACAGCAGCUUCACCAAGCGGCCCGUCGAGCGAGCGCGCCGCAGUCUCGUGUACAUUUACGCCAUGGCCUUUGGCACCCAGGCCGAACGGCGCAUCGUCACCGACGCCACGCACCGGGCGCACUCGCGCGUCAAGGGCGCCAACUACGAUGCCGACGACGUGGACUUGCAGCUCUGGGUGGCAGCCACCAUGUACUGGUCGCUCAUCACGGGCUAUGAAGAAAUCUUUGGCAAGCUGGACGAAGACAUGGCCGAGCAGGCCUAUAAAGAAUUCUCCGUCAUGGCCACGGGGUUGCGCGUGCCGCCUGGCCGCUGGCCCAAGGACCGCAGGGCCUUUCAGGAAUACUGGGACAAGACCAUUGCCGAGCUGGACAUUACGCAGCCGGCCAAAGCCGUCGCUCAAGACGUCAUCUAUCCGGCGGGCCACCUCCCCUCGUGGGGUCUUUGGCUGUAUGCCAAAGUGACAGGUCCCUCGACGAGGAUCAUGACUACGGAGCUGCUCCCUGAGCGGAUACGCAACGAGUUUGGCAUGCCGAGUACAGUCUAUACUCGAACCAUGUACGGGCUCUCCCGUGGCAUGAACAGGCUUUUGUAUCCGUGGCUGCCUGAAUCUGUGAGGCAUUAUCCCAAGAAUCACUACAUGCAAGACUUUAGAAGUCGGGUGGAGAGAGGCGCGAGGCUUUAG